GUCUGGUCAUGUAGUAGGUCCAUGGUCUGGUCAGGUCACCCGGCCCUCAAUCCUAUUCCUUAUUAAUUGCCUUGGAUUAUUAGUCUGCCGAUUCAUCUCUUAUUACCUGGCUAUAAUCCCUUUAAUGGCUUUUGUCCAGCUUAUUCUUCAGCAAUUGAACUCUUCAUUCAUGUGUUGACCACGCGCAGGGAUUCGUUGAUUCGCUUGAUCAGAUGCUCGAGUGGAUAUUGAGCUGAAGAUUGAAUACCAUAAUCAUGAUAAUCACAUCAUUUCGAAGAUUUGUUGUGAAGUCCCUGGUUGUACCGCAUCCCUCGCAUGGUCUUUGAGUUUUAGGAUUGCCCCCAUCGAUUUUUGGAAAAUCAUCGAUUAAGAUGGCAAAACCUACAUAGAGAUCCUUGAGACGCCGACGAACCUUUUGAAUCUCCACCCUCAAAUUAAUGGAGUCGACAAUGAUAUUCUCCUCAUGAUUCGAGAACAGUGUACGACUUGCUGAUGUCCCGGGACGAGCCUGAAAGUUGAGUGCAUCAUUCCUCCUUUGGUGCUUUGAUGUGCGUUCCUCCUUCAAAGCUCAGCCCAAGCAGUAUAACUGGAGACGGUUCAGGAAAGAUUGUCGACGACGACAUCAUUCUCUUAGUUCAGAUCUGAUGAUCUUCUAAGAUGCGGCGCUGGUUUCGACGUCGACGCAGUACGGUGGUGGCAGUAUUAUUUACGGUGUUCGCUACCGUGAUCCUCUUAGCUCGUGUACACGAUGUCGAUGACCUCCAAGACGAGACGGAUGAGCACCGGGAUAUACUGGUCCGGCAGAAGCAGAGACAUGGCGAUUAUGGACGAAAACGAUUGCAAGCUCUUCCUGAUGAUCUUCUUCUAUCCCAAGACAACCAGGAAGACACUCCACCAGUCAUCUUCAGAGCGGAUAAAAUUCCUCAAAAACCUUCUUUCUUGGUCUAUGUCUACGACCUUCCAUCGAAGUUCAACACCAAUCUGACAAAGUGCGUACAGUAUGGCGAUCCCUGCUUCAAAUUCGACUAUUACGGAAUGGGUCCGGAGCUUCGAUCGACAGAUAAAAUGAGUUACAGAGAGACAUAUGGCCACUCAUUGGAAGUGGUCUUCCACGAAAAACUGAAGGCAAGCUAUCAUAGGACGUUUGAUCCAAACGAAGCAGACGCUUUUUAUAUACCCUUCUAUGCUAACCUUGCUUGUUUGUGUAGGACGUACAGUCGGUUAGAUGUGUCAAAGCUUCAUGAUGAACUUUGGAAAUUCUUAAACAACGCAUUGCCAUAUUUCAAUAAUGGGAACACGCUAAGACCUCACUUUAUGGCUCUAGGUCGGAUGGAGCGGGAGCACUGGGGUAGCAAUUGCCCGUUGCUACGCGACGAGGCGAGGACCUCUGCCAUCACUUUCAUUGGUAUUGAGCAGGAGCCGAGCGAAAAGACUCGCCGGUACUUCCAUCGAGAUGGCAAAGAGAUGAUCAUUGCUCCGUUUCCGAGCUAUGGGCAUUUUGAUUCAAAAGACACUUCCGCUCUGGUGUCUAGGGUCAGAAAGCGGCAGCAGAUCAAUGUCUUCCCGCUAGACGUUCGCGAAACAGAACGCGAUGUGUUUAUGCUUCUCGCUGCGAGUAGCAGGAAGGGCCAUGAUGUACGAAGUAUCCUCAAACGUAGGAUGAAGGCCACGUCUGAUCGUUACUCACAGUAUGCUUCGCUUGCAUCUCUGAAAGAUAUGCAAGCAGUCUGGUUCAAUACGCCAGAAUGCCAUCAGGACAUCCACUUACCAAUCAUUGACUGGAUGCGACAUUCUGUAUUCUGUCUUCAGCCACCGGGCUACUCAAACAUUCGCAAGUCUUUCUUUGAUUCAAUCAUGAGUGGCUGUAUUCCAGUUACUUUUCGAUCUAAACGAAGCCAUGUCAUUUACCCGUUUGAAAGGACGCUGGACUAUCGCCGUUUCACUGUAAAUAUCCCGAUAGACGAAGUCUUAUCGGGAAAGACAAAUGUUACCAAUAUUUUGAAAGGUAUCACCAAGUGGAAAAUUGCCGAACUUCAGACUGAACUCGCCGAAGUGGCGCCUAAAUUACAGUAUUCCUACCCACCAAUACGGGGCCCCGACUAUGAUGCCUUUGCCAUGAUCAUAGAGGAAAUGAACAGAAUUGCCGAGUAAGAAGGAGAAAAGAGGCAAUUUUUUUUAUUCAUGUUGUUGCAAUAUUAAAUGAUUAUCUGCACAACUAUUUUUUUUGGCAGAAGUGUUCUUGCUUGCAGUGUUCACAAGGAGACGGUUUCCUAAUUCCC